GUUCGAAACAGGGGUAAAAGUCCCGCCAAACCGCCAUUCAUCACCUUCUUCUUCGUUUUUCUUUUCCGGUCAGCCGCCCAGUGCCGCCGUGUCUCCGGCCGCCGCCGCUAUAAUUCAAACACAGGAGUCUCACAUUCAUGCCAAUUGAUGGGUUACCGCAAUCUUCUUGCGUUUUUCCUUCUGAGUUUUCUAGCAACCCAACACAUUGCCGGAAUUCAAAUCCUCUCCAAGUCAAAACUUGAGAAAUGCGAGAGGAAUUCUGGCUCUGAUAGCCUCAACUGCACCAAGAAAAUUGUCCUAAACAUGGUCGUUCCUAGCGGUUCUAGUGAGGGCGAGGCCUCCAUUAUAGCAGAAAUAGUAGAGGUGGAAGAAAACUCCACAAACAAGAUGCAAACUCUGAGAACACCCCCAGUUUUGACUGUCAGCAAAUCGGCCGCUUAUGUUUUGUAUGAGCUAACAUACAUUCGUGAUGUUCCAUAUAAACCUGAAGAAUUUUAUGUUAGUACUCGAAAAUGCGAGCCAGAUGCUAGCGCGAGUGUGGUACACAUAUGUGAGAGGUUAAGAGAUAAAAGUGGACAUAUAAUUCAGAGUACUGAGCCCAUAUGUUGUCCUUGUGGGGCAAAGCGUCGAAUGCCAACGUCGUGCGGAAACUUUUUUGACAAGAUGAUUAAGGGAAAGAAAAACACUGCACAUUGUCUACGUUUUCCCGGUGACUGGUUUCAUGUUUUUAGUAUUGGACAAUGGUCAUUGGGAUUCAGCAUUCAGAUUCAUGUGAAGUCAGGAUCUAAAGUUUCAGAAGUGUCUUUAGGUCCAGAAAAUAGAACAAUGGUAUCAAAUGAUAAUUUCUUACGGGUUAAUCUUAUUGGAGACCUUGUUGGAUACACAAACAUACCAUCACUCGAGGACUUUUACCUUGUUAUUCCCCGGCAGAGUGGUCCUGGUGAACCACAGAAUUUGGGUAACAAUUUUUCUAUGUGGAUGCUACUAGAAAGAGUUAGAUUUACUUUAGAUGGUCUUGAAUGCAACAAAAUUGGUGUUGGCUAUGAGACUUUUAAUAGCCAGCCUGAUUUCUGCAAGUCACCAUUUCGGAGUUGUUUACACGACCAAUUAUGGAAUUACAGGGAGGCCGAUCUGAGUCGAAUCGGUAGGAAUCAGUUGCCAUUGUAUGGAGUGGAAGGACGGUUUGAGAGGAUCAAUCAGCAUCCAAAUGCAGGGACACAUUCAUUCUCCAUAGGAGUCACUGAAGUUCUCAAUACAAAUCUUGUAAUAGAACUACGUGCUGAUGAUGUUGAGUAUGUUUACCAAAGGAGUCCUGGGAAAAUUAUGAGCAUCAACAUCCCAACUUUUGAAGCCCUCACACAAUUUGGAGUUGCUACAGUUAUAACUAAGAAUACUGGAGAAGUGGAAGCAUCUUAUAGCUUAACGUUUACUUGUUCAAAAGAAGUCAGUCUCAUGGAGGAACAAUAUUUCAUCAUGAAGCCAAAGGAAGUUGCUAGCCUUUCGUUUAAACUCUACCCAACUACUGAUCAAGCAGCAAAAUAUGUCUGUGCUGCCAUACUUAAGGAUGCUGAUUUUAGUGAAGUUGAUAGAGCCGAAUGCCAAUUUGCUACUACUGCUACUGUCCUUGACAAUGGAUCACAGAUUACCCCUUUUCAACUCCCCAAGAAAAAGGAAAAUGGUUUCAUCGAUUCAAUCAAGCUCAUCUGGAAGAAGUUAUGGGAAAGCAUCGUCAACUUUGUCACCGGGAAAUCUUGCAGAAAAGAAUGCUCUGGAUUUUUUGAUUUCAGCUGUCACAUACAGUAUAUAUGUUUGAGUUGGCUGGUGUUGUUUGGCCUCUUUUUGACCACUUUCCCUGCAGUACUUGUGAUACUAUGGGUUUUACAUCAGAAGGGCUUAUUUGACCCUCUGUUUGACUGGUGGGAGGAUAUAUUUUGUCACAAAAAUGAGCCCACAAGGUCCACAUGGAAGCAUAGAGGUGAAAGAAAACAUUCCUACAGGCAUGGUAGCAGGCAUCACCAAAAUCAUGGAAGUGGGUACAAGAGGAGAAGCCAUGAAUUACACAAAAAGCACAAGCAUUCUGAUAAAGACACUGAUUACUUUCUUCACCAUGUGCAUAGGAAAAAAGGUAAAAGAGGACAUAAUAGAGUGUAGAAUGUUUGAUACAGAACAAUACUUGUCUUAACAUAAUUAAUAGAAGUUCAUACUUAAACUGUUCAA